UUCUAAUCUACAGAUGUACUCAAAUUUGCUUUAUCAUGCAACAACAUGCUUUACUAAUUAAUUUAAGUGUUUAAAAAAUGGUAAAAAGUUUUUGAAAGUGUAUUGAUUCUCUACUACACUUUUACAAACUAAAAUUUUUUUAGUUUACUGUGUGUACAAAAAUUUUUCGAAAUCACAUCACUGCUUGUUAAACAGCUGGCAUUUAUGUUUGUUUUUGUAUCCAGUUGAUGUUUUGCCAUUCGUCGUUGAUGUUCGAUUUUUUUGUUACGAUUGUAUAAAAAGAAGAGUAAACAAUCAAUUUUGCAACAAAAAAGUGGUAAUGAAAAAGUUUCAAGCACAUGUUGUAAUCAAACUUACACGGAAAUCAAAGGAAUAAAAUAGUGCAAGAGCGUUAUGAAAUAUAGUUGUUAAAAAACUAUGUGCCUGUUUUAGUAAACAAAUUGACAUACAAGCGUAAAAGUAGACAAAAGGCAACUCAAGUUUGAGGUUUAUUGGCGUUUAGGAGACGAGGCAGGCACAAGAAGAAAAAAGAAAGUAAUAUCAAGUUAACUCCAAGUGGAAAUUGGGUCAAAAUAAGAAAAAAACGCAAAAGGCUAGUGAAAAAUAAAAAAAAAACCUACCAACAUUAGUGCGAGAUAAGUGGUAUUAUCAUAAAAACAUCACAAAGCACAAAAGGGAGUUGAAUGACACAGCGCUCUAUAUACUGCGGUCAGUAGAGAGUGAGUAGCGCUUCGUUUUGUUGGCGCAUACUCAAAGAUCAACAAGCACUGUAGUGUAUUGUUUUGUUUCGGAUCAGCAGAAACUGCUGGAGGAAGCGUUAUGGAAUAUUUAAAGGAUAUGACAAAAAAUCUAUUGGAUUUUCUCUCUAUCUACAUUGACUUGGACUAUUCGCUAUGGCUAUACCGCCUACUUUGGCCGCUGAUUGUUACAUUCCUACUUCCAUUAGUCUUCGUGGCACUUAUUUACAUAUCAUUUGUGAUGCUCUUCAUUUAUAAAUUGCACAGAGAGGUGAUCAUGCGCGCCGUACGCACCGAUCGUAAGUUCUGGGAAUUUGGUCGAAAAUUAGUCGCUGCUUUAUGGGAUGCGCAUGCGCGCAUAUAUCAUGGUUAUGAGGUUAUCGGCAUGGAAAAUAUACCGGAAACGGGACCAGCAUUGAUGGUCUACUAUCACGGUGCAAUACCGAUUGAUAUGUAUUACCUAAACUCGCGCAUCAUUUUACAGAAAGAUCGACUCAUAUACACAAUAGGCGAUAGAUUCCUCUUUAAAUUACCUGGUUGGGGCACAAUAUCGGAGGCAUUCCACGUUAGUCCCGGCACUGUGCAGUCGUGUGUGGGCAUACUGAAGGAGGGCAAUUUGCUCGCGAUAUCACCGGGUGGCGUUUACGAGGCACAAUUCGGUGAUCACUACUACGAGCUGUUGUGGCGUAAUCGUGUGGGAUUUGCGAAGGUCGCUUUGGAGGCGAAAGUGCCGAUAAUACCAUGUUUCACACAAAAUCUGCGUGAAGGUUUCCGUCAGGUGGGCAUUUUUCGUAACUUUUUUAUGAAACUCUACAAUGCGGUACGCAUACCGGUCUACCCGAUUUACGGUGGUUUUCCGGUAAAAUUUCGCACCUUCAUUGGCCGGCCGCUGGCUUACGACCCCACGCUAACGCCGGAGGAUCUACAAUUGAAGGUGGCCACCGCUUUGGAGGAGCUCAUCAAUAGCCAUCAACGCAUACCCGGCAGCAUAUUUCAUGCGUUGCUCGACCGUUUUCCGCCGUUUCGCAGUAAAAGAAAAGAUUGCAAAUAAGCUGCAUGGGAGCGUAUUUCAUAAGAUUGUGCUGUGCGUGCGCCCGGAAUAGUAACUGUUUUUUAAAAAAUCUCCAUUUUUACUGCUCUACUGUGUUAUUUUUUAGUUAUUCUUUCAUUUUUGUUGAGGGGAGGGAAACGCAAAAGACUUUCCGCUUACUAUACAAACACAUAGAUGUAUACAUACAGAUAUUCAUAUAUAUAUACACACAUAAAAAACAUAUUGCGCGUCUUUAUUGCGAAUUUUGCUAAGCAAAAAGCAAAGAGGACAAAAAAUUCACAAAAAGUUGA